ACGCGUGUGCACGUUUGCAGCAGCAGCAGCUGUUUGUGGCACUUUCUCCGCGCGGAGUCAGUUUCGGUUCCAGUCUUGCGUGCAGAAGCUGAACAACGGACUUUCCCUCCCCCCGCUGACCAUGAAGUGCCACUACGAAGUGCUGGGGCUGGCGCGGACCGCCGAGGAUGACGAGAUCAAGAAGGCGUACCGGAAGUUGGCGCUGAGGUGGCACCCGGAUAAGAACUUGGACAAUGCGGAGGAGGCGAACCAGCAGUUUUUGUUGGUGCAGGCGGCUUACGAUGUGUUGUCCGAUGGGCAGGAACGGGCCUGGUACGAUAAUCAUCGGGAGCAGAUUUUGAGGGGGGGUCACACGAACUAUGAGGACAAUUCGGUGGAUUUGUUCCAGUAUUUUACGACGUCGUGUUAUAAGGGCUUUGGGGAUGAUGGGGGUGGGUUCUACGGGGUUUAUGGGGAGGUGUUUCACACGAUUGCGUCGGAGGAGAUUGAGUUUUUGGACGAUGAGGAUGAUUUUGAGGGGAUUCCGCGGUUUGGGAACUCGGGGAGUGAUUAUGAGACGGAGGUGCGGCAGUUUUAUGGUUAUUGGGAGGGAUUCUGCACGAAGAAGAGCUAUGCAUGGUUGAAUCCGCACAAUAUUGCGGAGAUUCGGGACCGGAGGAUUUUGAAGGCGAUCGAGAGGGACAAUAAGAAGGUUCAGCAGAAGGCGCGGAAGGAGAGGAACGAGGAGAUCCGGUCGUUGGUGCUGUUUGUGAAGAAGCGUGACAAGCGAGUUCAGGCGUACAAGAAGCUGCUGGAGGAGCGUGCCGAGCAGAACCGGAUUAAGUCGGCGCAAAAUCGGUUGGAGCAGAUUCGGCGAAAGCAGCGAGAGAUUGAGGAGCAGCAGCGAAAUUCGUCGAACGUGUUCAAUGAAGCGUACGAGGAGCAGUUGAGGAAAUUGGAAGCCUCGUACGCCGACGCUUCGGAAGAGUCCUCCGAUGAUGACACGGGAGGUGACCCCGCCGUCCAAGCAAUGGGUGACGCCAUGAACGGUCUCAUCAUCAGCCAGGACGAAAACGGCGAGGAGAGUUUCUACGUGGACGAUCUGUACUGCGUGGCGUGCGACAAGAUGUUCAACAACAAGAAGUCGUACGAGAAUCACGAAUCUUCCCGGAAGCACAAGCAGAACGUUGAGCUGCUGCGGGAGCAGAUGCGCAAGGACGAUGACCAGGCGGCGGCCAAUGGCGACGCGGUGGAGACGGAAGAGCCUGAAAUCGAGGACGCUUCCGAGUUGAGCGAAGAGGAGGAAGUCGUGAAGACCAAGUCCAAGAAGGGAAAGAACAAGAAGAAGCCUGCCAAGCGAGUGUCAAUCUCGGACGAGGCGGAGGAACCUGCGCUGGAUAUUCCGCUGCCGGGAACGUCGCGCGUUGAGGACAGUGACGAUGAUUGGGCUGGCGGUUCUAAGAAGAGCAAGAAGGGAAAAGGAAAGUCGAAGGAUUCUGGGGCGGCCAAGGCGAAGGCGGUUAAGGAAGAACCUGCUCAAGAACCUCCGGCGGCUCCUACGGAACCCGCGAAAGAAGAAGUUGAGACGGAAUCUGAACACAAAUGCGUAACUUGCAACGAAAAGUUUGGUUCUAAAAAUAAGCUUUUCAACCAUCUCAAGCAAACCGGUCACAGCGUUUAUGUUGAUAAGCUGAAAGCUACUCACAAAGGGGACGGAGAGAAGCCGAAAGGUGGCAAGAAGCGAAAGUAGUCUGUUACUUUAGUUUGUAGUGCUACAUUAAUUUUCAUGUAAAUAAAUUACACAUCGUGUAUAAA